AUGACAGACAACAAUCAUGCUGCCCCACUGUGGAUCCAGCUAGAGGAUUCCAGCGAUCAGCUGAAUCUCUUUUCGGCUUGUCCUGUGUGCUUCUUGAGUGUCAUUGGUCCAAGCUCGUCGUCAACUGGGCCGAAAUGCAACGUGAUGGUGAUUUCUUGGCUGAUUGCUGCCGGAGGAGAUUGCCUCGUCAUGAGCAUGAACAAGCGAAGACACACAAGCACAAUGCUGAACAGUGGGUCCCCUGUUUGUUUGUCAAUUAUAGGGUCGCACAACGAGGAACUCGCCCUGAACGUCGGCAGCGUUUCGGGGCGGUGGGGAAAGAGCAAGUUCCCACAAGACUAUUCCAAUGAUAAGGACCAGCAGACAAAAACACGUGACAGCAACAAUGACAAGACGUAUGCUUCUCGGGGCGACCAAGCUCGCAUGAGUAAACGCGCCAAAAAGAGGCAACGCUUCGAAAUGGGGAUUCCCGGGUUGCGCAGAGAGAAACAAGGAAAGGAAGGGAAGGAAGCAGAAACGUUUGCUAUAGAGGGCACUCUCGCUCACAUCCACUGUCAAGUUGUGAGUAAAGAGGAAUCCAUCAUCGAUGACGAACACUACUUUGUACGAGUGGCGAUGCUACGUGCAUUCGUAAGAACGGCUCACUGGGAUCCGGACACAAAGAUAUUUGCUCCCAAGUCCUUGGAACAUUCCUCUACUUCGAGUUUCUUGGGAUCCCAGUCCUUUGGGUACGUUGUGAGGAAUCCACCAACAAUCGACAACGCCAAGUUACCUGUACAUUCCAAAUUGCCACAACAAAAUUCAGCACUGAAGUGUACUGGAAACCAUCCGAAGGAAGCAGAGUCUGCUUGGAUUCAGCUAGACGAUGGGAAGCAGUUUAGCCGGCUGCUUUACCCCAACCCGUUAUGCCUACUGGUGUUCAACGGCCAUGAGGAUCGUGACAAGGAAGGCGCUGCCAACACCGUCGUCCUAGAACGGGUGACAGCCACAAACAACACCGGGUCGUUCAUGUUUUGCAUUCCAAACACAAGCAAACAUCAAGGCGUCUUCCGUACGGGUGGGGAUGCAAGUAGUGCUCGACGGAGCUUCUUGUUGUCAGUGCCAGUUCAGGGGAUGGAAGGUGUAGUGAAAACAGUCAAGGAUUGUGACAGGGUUGGAUGCUCAAUCGGCCAAGAUGAUAAAACUACACCGGAAACACCGGAAGCUGCUGCAGGCAGGAUUUCUUGGCAACCCAUCUUGACCGACGAUCCAAAAUGGCCGCAUCAACGAGGGAUUGCAGGUUGCAUUGCUCACAUGCCCUGUCGAGUAUACAAAGUCGUACGAACCGAUGAAGCCACCAACCCAGCCAUGGUGGUCUUUGCCAACAUUGAACAUGCCUUGGUCCAUUCCAACUAUUGGGAUAAGGAGAAAAACAGAUUCGUUCCCAAGGUGGGUUUCGCAACGUACCUGAAAAGACUCGGAAGCGAUUCGUUUGGCUAUGUUUCCGCAAUCAAGACAGAUGGCUCCGGCCAACCUGAGUAGCUUCAAUAAGCCCUGAUAGCCUUGAAACAACAUAUUCAAACUGAGACGUUGG